AAUUUGAAAAUAUUUUCUUAAAAAAUUAAAAUAUAUAUAAUCAAUAUUUAUUUUAAAAAAGAAAAAUAAAGAAAAUGUAUAAAAAAUUUUUUCAUAUAUUUCAUUGCGUUUUUAUGAUUUUAAUCAUAAAAAAAUCUAACGCACAAAAUUCACAAGAAAAUAUCUGUUUCACAAGCGAUUACCAAAGAGGCGAAUGUAUCGAUAUUCGUGAAUGUCCAGACUUAGUGGCUCUUCUUCAAGUUAAGCCCAAAACUCCGGAAAUUUUUAAAACUCUCAGAAAUUCUCAGUGUGGUUUUGAUGGUCGAUAUCCUAAAGUUUGUUGCGCUCUUCGAUAUCAAGCAUGGAUGCCACCGAUAACAAGAGUGAUAUCAACAACGGAAGCUUACAAUCGCAUUAGAGAAAAUACAAAUCUUAAUUCACUUGUCGAUCAACUUCCUUCUGACUGCGGUCGUGACCUUUCCGUGAGAAUUAUUGGAGGUGAACGUACUAGUCUUGAUGAAUUUCCAUGGAUGGCUUUACUAGAAUAUGAGAAACCAACUGGAAGAAAAACCGGAUGUGGUGGUGUAUUAAUAAGCGAUCGGUAUGUCUUAACAGCAGCUCACUGCGUCAACCAAGAAGAUUUACCAAAAUCUUGGCGUCUUUCAAGAGUAAUAUUAGGUGAAUAUGAUACAUCAACAAAUCCUGAUUGUAUCUCAGACGGUAUCGACAGUCAAAUUUGUGCUCCACCAACGGUAGCUGUAGACAUAGAAGAACAAAUACCACACGAAGAAUACAGAUCAGCAUCACGGUCCAGAGAUCGAAAACAUGACAUAGCUUUACUUCGAUUAUCUUCACCAGUUAAAUUCACUGAUUACAUUAAGCCAAUUUGUUUACCAAACAAUUCAAAUAUUACCCACAGACUAUGGGUUGCAGGAUGGGGUGCAACCGAAAAUAAAUCUCACUCUAACAUAAAAUUAAAACUCUCAGUUCCUCUUGCUGAUCGACAAGACUGUGAAGCGCGGUAUGGAAGAUCAGCAAUAUCUCUCGUAAACAGUCAAAUCUGUGCAGGAGGACAAGCGGGAAAAGAUUCAUGCAAAGGUGAUUCCGGUGGACCUCUUAUGUCUGUUGAAAGAUCUGCUGACGGCACCGGAAGAUGGACUGCCACUGGUGUUGUUUCUUUUGGACCUUAUCCUUGUGGUAUGCCAGGUUGGCCAGGUGUAUAUACUAAAGUUUCUGAUUAUUCUGAAUGGAUAAUACGUAAUAUAAUAUUACAACAUUCAAUCAACAUUAUUUACUUCGAAAAAAAAAAAAAUAACAAUAAAAUGACUGAAAGAUUAUUUCUCUUUACAUUUUAUUUCUUGCUGAUAUUUUUAUUUAUUAAUAAAUCCAGUGCACAAUUCUGGCAAGACAACACAUGCUAUGGAAGAAACAAUCAAGUGGGUCAAUGUAUAAAUAUUCGACAAUGUCCACCUCUAUUAGACCUUUUGCGAACGUCAUACGGAUCUCCAGAAGCCAUCCAAUUCCUUAGAGACUCUCAGUGUGGUUUUGAAGGCCGAGAUCCAAAAGUUUGUUGUGUCCAAAAUGUCCCACUGCCAACACCACCACCAGUAACAACAGAAUUUUACAAUGUAAAUAAUGGAAAUACCAGUAUUAAUUCACGCAGUAGCUUACUUCCUUCUGUCUGUGGUCGAGAUCUUUCAGUGAGAAUUGUUGGCGGCGAACGUGCUUUUCUUGACGAAUUUCCAUGGAUGGUUUUAUUAGAAUAUCAAAAACCAAACGGAAGAACAACCGCAUGUGGUGGAGUAUUAAUAAGCAAUAGAUACGUUUUAACAGCAGCUCAUUGUAUAAAAGGAAAAGAUUUACCUAAAACUUGGAGUCUUUUGGGCGUCAGAUUGGGUGAACACAACACAGCGACAGAUCCCGAUUGUAUAAUGGAAGUAGAUAAUACUGAAAUUUGCGCACCACCUGUAGUAACUGUUGAAGUUGAAGAGCAAAUAGCUCAUGAAGAUUACAAACCAUCAGCUAGAGACCAACAAAAUGAUAUUGCUUUAUUGAGAUUAUCUUCACCCGUAGAAUUUACCGAUUACAUUAAACCAAUUUGUUUACCAAACAAUGGGAAUUUACCUCAGCGUCUGUGGGUUGCUGGUUGGGGUAAAACUGAAAGUAGAAGUGAAUCUGAUGUUAAAUUGAAACUUGUAAUUCCUAUCGCUGAUCGACAAGACUGUUUAACGCGUUAUGGAAAUUCAGCAGUGUCUCUGUCAAACAGCCAAAUAUGUGCUGGGGGACAACGUGGAAAAGACUCAUGUAGAGGUGAUUCCGGUGGUCCUCUUAUGUCUGUUGAGAGAGCACCUGAUGGCAGCGGAAAAUGGACUGCCGUCGGUGUUGUUUCUUUCGGACCUUCUCCUUGUGGCAUGCAAGGUUGGCCGGGUAUUUACACUAAAGUUUCUGACUACACCGAAUGGAUUUUACGUAAUAUGAGACCUUAAAAUUAAUCUCUUAAAUACACGGAAAAAAAUGAGCUAUAUAAAUUGAGAAACGACAAGUAAUAUAAUGAUAAAGUGAUCAAUAAAUAAUGUCAUUCUCAAUAGUAAUUUUUAAUUUAUAAUUAAAGCGUAAAUAAUUAAGGUGAGAGACCUAGUACCCGAUCAGGGAACUAGUACCCAAUCACUCCAUGAAUUUGUAUAUCUAUAUUUAGGAAAAUUUAGUAAAUAUAGAUACACAAAUUCAUGGAGUGAUUGGGUACUAGCUUCCUGAUUGGGUACUGGGUCUUACCUUAUAGGAUAAAUAUCAAAAUUUAUUGUCUAUGCAGGAAAAAACAAUAUUUAAACUUUAAAAAUUUUAAAUUUAUGACACGUAUUGUGAAAUUUAUUAUUUAGAAUUUUAAAAUUCCCUAUAUUUAAACCCAGGUUUCGAGUUGUAAUUUCAAACACUAAUUUUUAAAGUUUCGUUUUUUCCGUGUAAAUAUUAUGUAAGCGAUUUAAAAACCAACAAUUAUUUACCUAAAUUCAAUGAGUAAGUCUCAGCCCAUAAAGUCAUCAAAACUCGUAAGUCAUAAUUAACAUUCCUUUAUAAUAUAUAACUUAAAAGAUACUUAAAUUUAUGUAUUUAAAAAAUUAUUUGUGUUGAUGACUUACAUCAUAAUUAAUAAAAGUAUUUAUCAGCUACAGCUGAUACAUUUUUAUCAGCUGGCUUUUGAUUAAAUCUUUUUUAAUGUAUUAAUUUUUAUAUUUAUAUGGCAAAUAAAUAUAUAUUUAUAAAGUAAUAGUCAAAAUAGUAUCUAAAUUAUUUAUUAUUGAAAUAAAUUGUCAUUGAUUAAUGAACUUGUUAUAAAUUUUUAAACAUUACUGAUAGCUGAUGGUGGUUAUUUAUAAAUGCUACUGGCUAUCGCUUUAUCUACAUUAGGUCAUCUCAAAUAAUCUUUAGGUCACUAGCAAUUUGAGCUCAAUAAAUAUUUACUCAUAUUCUCAUAUGCUCUUGUAAACAAAUAGAAUAUUAUUUAACAUUCUUACAUGCGUGAUGUACGGUCAUAAAAAUCAUACACAAUGUGGGAUUUCCGCGUGUUACUUAAAAUUCUGACGUCAAUGUUGCAUUCUACUCAAUUGUA